AUGGAUGAAGAGAUGAAAUCCUUGAAAAAAAAUGAUACAUGGGAACUUGUCGAUUGUCCACCAGGAAAGAAAACAGUUGGAUGUCGAUGGGUGUAUACAGUCAAGUACAAAGCAAAUGGUAUGAUAGAACGAUUCAAAGCGAGAUUGGUGGCUAAGGGAUAUACUCAGACCUAUGGAAUCGACUAUAUCGAAACAUUUGCACCUGUUGCAAAAAUCAACACAGUUCGAGUGUUAUUAUCCUUGGCUGCAAAUUUUGAUUGGCCACUACAACAAUUUGAUGUGAAAAAAUCUUUUCUACAUGGUGAGUUGUCUGAAGAAGUCUAUAUGGACUAUCCUCCAGGGUACGAGAUACCGAGAUUACAUGAUUAUAGAAUAUGCAGAUUGAAGAAAUCACUUUAUGGAUUGAAACAAUCACCAAGAGUGUGGUUUGGAAAAUUCACCAAAUCUAUGAAGGCAUUUGGCUAUACCCAAAGCAACACUGAUCACACUUUGUUCUUGAAGAGACAACAAGGUAAAAUUAUUGCCCUUAUUGUAUAUGUUGAUGACAUGGUGGUGACUGGAACUGACCCUGAAGAAAGGAAAGCUCUCCAAAGCUACCUGUCUAAAGAAUUCAAGCUGAAAGACCUUGGUCCAUUAAAGUUUUUCCUUGAAAUUGAAGUGUCUAGAUCAUCUAAAGGAAUUUUCUUAUCCCAAAAAAAAUAUACUUUAAAUUUGUUAAAGGAAACUGGCAUGACAGCUUGCCAACCAGCUGAUACACCUUUUGAAGAAGGCCUGAAAUUAAUUGUUGAACCUAAUCAAAUUCCAGUUGAUAAAGGAAGAUAUCAGAGACUUGUAGGAAGAUUGAUGUACCUAGCACACACAAGACCAGACCUUGCUUAUUCUUUAAGUGUGAUGCUGACUGGGCUGGAACUAUCGAUGACAGACGGUCUACUUCAGGAUAUUUCACUUUUGUGGGAGGAAAUCUUGUUACAUGGAGAAGCAAAAAAUAAAAUGUCGUUGCUCUCUCAAGUGCGGAGGCGGAAUUCGGAGGAAUGUUGUGUGUACGGUGAUCGGAUAGUGUUUGGAGAUCCCUUACCUAUUUUGUGUUCUUGUUUAUUUUCUGCAGAUUCUUGUUGCCAAUCAUUUAAUAUUAUGCCUCAAAAUGAAAAAAAAACAACUCGUACCUCUCUCGAUGUACUUAGCAACCUUCCCGAUAGUGUAAUUGAUGACAUUCUAAUGAGUUUGCCUUUACGAGAUGCUGUGAGGACAAGCAUCUUAUCAAAGAAAUGGAGAUAUAAUUGGUGCAGACUUCCACAACUGAAACUUGAUCAAACACUUUGGGAAACAGCAGAGGACUUAAUAUCCCCUACAAUUGGAUUUACUAACAUUCUUUGUCACUUCUUGACCCUUCAUACAGGACCAAUUACCAAGUUUAUCCUAGAUAUUCCUGAUAUAGAAACAUGUCCUAAUAUUGACCACUUGAUAUAUUUCCUCUCUCGGAAUGGCAUUCAACAUCUUGUCCUUAAACCUCCAUUUAGUAGUAAACCGUACAAAUUGCCUUCUUCAUUCUUCACAUGUUCGCAAUUGAGGCAUCUGUUUCUCAGGGAAUGUCUAAUACGUCCUCCACCGGUCUUUAAGGGAUUUGAUAGGCUAAUUAGCUUAGAACUAAUUGAAGUCAAAAUUUCUUCUGCAUUGCUUGGAAGUUUAAUCUCACAUUGCCCGUUGCUUGAGCAUUUGGUGCUGCAGCAUGACGCAAUUACAGAUCACAUUGAAAUUAGUGCUCCCAAGCUGAGGUCAUUUAUCUUCACUGGCAGUAUAAAGUUUUUACAUUUAAAGAAUGCCCCUCUUCUUUCCAAAGUUUCAUAUGAGCCUACAGAAUUUCGUGUAAAGGCAGAACAUGAUGUUUGCAAGAUUUUUGAGUCUAUUCCUGCUCUCGAGAAUCUCUGCUGGAUUAACGAUUGUGACGUGCGUGUUGGACCAGCUGAAGUUAUACCAACAAGGCUCCCUUAUGCUCUUCACUGUCUUAAACGCCUUUACAUAUCUGGCAUUACUCUGGGAGAAUUCUUUGAUGUUUCGUUUGCUCUUUGCUUGAUAAGAAGCUCUCCAAAUUUAGAAGAAAUUGAAAUUGAGGUUGUUAAUGAUAUGUAUGUUGUUAGUGAUGAGGACUAUUUUGUACAUGUGCCCCGGGAGGCUGUUGAUGAGAUUCAUGCUAGCUUCUCAGAUAUGACAUUUAAUCACCUGAGGACGAUUAAGCUUAGCAAUGUAGCAGGAGCAGGGGCUGAAAUGCAACUUAUCAAGGUUUUAUUGGCCUAG